UGACAGUAUACCGGAAACGGGGCAGGUAUUGCCAGUGCCAGAGUAUCGGAAGAGUGUGCUCGGCUGCCUGGACUUCUCGUCUACCAAGUGCCUCCUACUAGGUUCCUGAUGCACUAAAAGGGCAACGUGCGACAGUGCGACGCAAAUGCAAUUCUCGCCAGUCCAGUCCGUCCAUUCUACCUGAAAUCUGGAGACUAUGGAUACCCACAUGCUCGUCCGCUUAUGGUUCGUGAAUUGCCCCGGACCAGGAUCCUGGGCACCAAGAACAGGACCGGUCCACAGCCACAUUGCUACAACCAUGAACCAUCCCCCGUUGGUGGCGAAUGGCAUGGGCGCGUUGGACCCGACGCCGUGGUUGUGGUACUGACACCAAAUUGGAGCUCAGCCUUCUCGCGCCGGAAUUCCCAUCAAUGCAAGACGGGCGUUGUGCGUGCUACCUUACAAGUACUCCUGCCCCACUGCCAGCCAUCUCGAGACUCUGAACAUGGCAUUGCACCGCACCAUUAUUGCUCAACAUCACGACAUUGAUGAUGUUCUACGCAGCCUUCGAACAGACCAUACCUGCUGCCGACCACCACCACCAGCACCAACACCACCAUCUCCCUUCAACCAGCCUGGGCCGGGCUGAUGACUACUGGUACAACAACACCAACCCCGUGCCUUCUUACACAUGUCCAUACGACACCACGCAACGUCUCUGCUUGGCGAAGCUUACCGAUGAAGAUGCGUUUCAACAAUGGCAAUUACUUCAAGACGACGCUCCCGCACCAACACUAGAAGAAGUAGAAGGAAAAGAAGAAGUAGCACUAGAACAAGACGAAGACGUCCCAUCGUCGUCAUCAUCAUCAUCAUCAGCCUUGAGCAAUCACUGUUGUCGGUUGAGACUGGGCCCACUCGUCCCUCUCCACGAAGAUGACACCAACGACAUUGAUCCUGCCACUACUACUACCGCUCCCUCAACAUCAUCGUCGUCGUCAUUCUCCCCUUCAUCAUUACAACCACCACCAAAGAAGCGUGCCCGUUUCCUGGUCGUAUACGAACAACCACUCUCCGACACUUCCAAACCACAACUCUAUCAGGACAUUCCCGUCCUCCUUGGUCCAGCCGAAGAUGCCGUUGCUGCUCCUGCUCCUGGCGAUGAUGAUGAUGAUGGCAAUGACGAUGACAAUGAUGAUGACAAUGAUAACGAUCACUCAUCAUCGUCAUCGUCGUCUUCAUCUUCAUGUCUCCACGUUCUCAAAUGUCUCAUCGACUCCGCCGUCUACCAAAAUGAUCGCAGUCUCCUCUGGUUAUCUGCCUGGCCGACCCGAGAAGCUGCAGUGAGAUAUGUCCAGUCUAUCGAUCGGACUGUCGAAGAUCGAGUGGAUUUGGUAAGGAUUUCGAGGGAUUAUGAAUCUUCUUCUUCUUUUUCCUCUUCUUCUUCUUCUGGUGGUGGAAGUGGUAUUGGUAAUGGCGUUGUCGGUGUUGCCAUGUCCGGCUGUGAUGGAUCCCACACUUGUUCCACAGAAACUUCUUUGAAGUAACUUAAAGUACCUGCCUACCUACCUACCUAUUAGGUCGGUCAUAUUUGAUGGGAAUUGUGGAUGGAUGGAUGGAUGAAGAAGAUGAAACUUAUUUAUUUCUUUUUAUGUGGAUGGGUUAGUGGGUGGCAGUAUUCUAGCGUUGAUUUGUGUUUGCUUACUAGGUACCUACUACCUAUGUGUUUUUGUUUUCUCUUUUGGUCUUUUUGGGAGAGGAUUGUUGUACCUUAUUGAUUUGAUAGAGCGAUUAGCCCGCCCAAUUUUUUCCGUAAUUGAUGAAGCCAUUU